AUGGGAUUAUGCCAGUCUGCGGAGGACAAAGAGUUGACUCUGAAGUCGAAGGCGAUCGACAAGGAGAUGAUGGCCAAUCAUAUGUCACAGUCGAAAGUUGUCAAACUGCUUCUUCUUGGAGCCGGAGAGUGCGGAAAAAGUACAGUACUAAAACAGAUGAGGAUUCUUCAUGACCACGGAUUCACAGCCGAGGAAUCAGAGCAGCAGAAGAGUGUAGUAUUCAAUAACACACUUCAGGCAAUGAUAUCAAUAUUAAAAGGGAUGGAACUACUUCGGAUGACAUUCGACAAACCAGUCCGGGAAAAUGACGCGAAAUUUGUGAUGGAGGCUCAUAAAAUGCUCCAGGAGGCGAAGGUUUUUCCAGAGGAGUUGGCGAACGCACUUAUAGCUUUGUAUGCGGAUAAAGGGGUACAACAAGUGAUGGCAAAGGGAAACGAGUUCCAGAUGCCAGAGAGUGCGCCACAUUUCCUUGGAAGCCUCGACAGAAUCAAAAUGCCCGAUUACACGCCCACUGAGCAGGAUAUUCUAUUGUCGAGAAUCAAGACCACCGGUAUUGUGGAGGUUAAGUUUCAGAUGAAGAGUGUGGAUUUUAGAGUAUUUGAUGUGGGGGGUCAACGAUCGGAGAGAAAGAAGUGGAUUCAUUGUUUCGAGGAUGUGAAUGCGAUUAUCUUUAUUGCAGCGAUUUCGGAGUAUGAUCAAGUCUUGUUUGAGGAUGAGACAACGAACCGAAUGAUCGAAUCAAUGCGCCUGUUCGAAUCAAUCUGUAACUCCCGAUGGUUCAUCAACACCUCCAUGAUUCUCUUUUUGAAUAAAAAAGACCUGUUCGCCGAGAAGAUCAAGCGUACCUCAAUCAAAUCGGCAUUCCCCGAUUAUAAAGGAGCACAAACCUACGACGAAUCGACACGCUACAUCGAGGAAAAGUUCGACGGUCUGAACGCGAAUCCCGAGAAGACGAUAUACAUGCAUCAGACGUGCGCGACGGAUACCGAUCAGGUGCAGAUGAUUCUCGACUCCGUCAUCGACAUGAUCAUCCAGGCCAACUUGCAAGGAUGCGGUUUGUACUGA